CCUCCGGCUGUACGUGGAUGCUGAUUGGACGACGGGGGGCACGCACUCACGCACGCACUCCACGCACGCAGCGUCAAAAUCGUUGUCGACCAUGGCGGAAUGUGUUCGACUUGACAGCAGCACAAGUAGUCAUACCAUGGAUAAAAGCAUCACUCUGCCGCCCGACGAAAUAUUCCGCAAUUUGGAAAACGCAAAGCGGUUCGCAAUAGACAUAGGUGGAUCUCUCACAAAGCUUGCCUACUACUCAACUGUGCAACACAAAGUGGCCAAAGUACGAUCUUUCGACCACGCUACAAAGGAGUCUACCAGUGACAAGCUCUAUGAAAUAUCUGUGCAGGAAGAGGUCACUGCACGCCUGCACUUUAUCAAGUUUGAAAAUGCUUACAUCGAAACAUGCUUGGACUUCAUCAAAGACCAUCUGGUCAACACGGAAACCAAAGUUAUCAAAGCCACAGGUGGAGGGGCACACAAGUUCAAAGAACUCAUUGAGAGGAAACUCGGACUCAAAGUGGACAAAGAGGACGAGAUGACCUGCCUCAUCAAGGGCUGUAACUUCGUGCUGAAGAACAUACCACACGAGGCUUUCGUGUACGCCAAGCACGCUGACUCAGAGUUCCGCUUUCAGACGACUCAACCAGACAUCUUCCCUUACCUGCUCGUGAACAUCGGCUCUGGGGUGUCCAUAGUCAAGGUUGAAUCAGAGGACAAAUUUGAGCGAAUAGGAGGAAGCUCAAUAGGUGGAGGGACGUUCUGGGGCCUUGGAGCCUUGCUCACCAAAACAAAGAGAUUUGACGAGUUGCUACAGUUGGCUUCAAAAGGGCAGCACACAAGUGUCGAUAUGCUUGUCAAAGAUAUCUAUGGAGGAUCUUAUGGGUCUUUGGGCAUGACUGGAGAUCUUAUUGCGAGCAGUUUUGGAAAGUCUGCUACUGCUGAUAAAGAGUUCUCUAAAGAAGACAUGGCCAAGAGCUUACUCCAUAUGAUCAGCAACGACAUCGGGCAGCUGGCCUGUCUGUAUGCCAAGCUGCACAACCUGUCCAGAGUGUACUUUGGAGGCUUUUUCAUUAGAGGACACCCUGUCACCAUGCACACAAUCACCUACAGCAUCAACUUCUUCACCAAGGGUGAAGUUCAGGCCUUGUUCCUAAGACAUGAAGGCUAUCUCGGAGCCAUUGGAGCUUUUCUUAAAGGAGCAGAGGAGGACAAUCCAAACCAGUACAGUUGGGGUGAGAAUUAUGCUGGAAGCUCAGGCCUGAUGAGCGUUUCUCCAGAUAUGAAUCCCAUGCAACGUGCACGUAGUGGAACGUUUGACAUGUUGGAGAUGGACCGUCUUGAGAGGCAGCUGGUGAAUCUGCCUCUGCUGCAGGACCCUUCAUCUUACAUCCCCGACACUAUGGACCUCACAGAGGACGCUCUGGCCCGUGAAUACUGGCUCUACUGCUUUGAAGAGGCCCUAGAUGGGGUGGUUAAGAGAGCUGUAGCGAGCCAGCCUGACAUGCCAGAGGCAGCGGAGCGAGCUGAGAAGUUCCGUCAGAAAUACAGACACAAGCUUCAGACCCUCCGUCACCAGCCUUUUGCUUAUGGAUCCCUCACUGUCAGAAGUCUGUUAGACACGAGGGAACACUGUUUAAACGAGUUCAACUUUCCUGAUCCCUACUCUAAGAUUAAACAAAAGGAGAAUGACAUGGCUCUCAAGUACUACCAGAAGGCAGUGAAAUCCCUGGAGGAGUUGAGCUGGGAGGAGAGACAGUUUGCCCUGGUCAGGGGCGUACUGGCUGGGAAUGUCUUCGACUGGGGAGCCAAGGCCGUGUCGGAUGUCCUCGAAUCUGAUCCUGAGUUUGGGUUUGAGGAGGCUAAACGACAGUUGGAAGAGCGCCCAUGGCUUGUUGAUUCCUAUGACCAGUGGCUUGAGAGACUAAAGGGUCCUCCUCAUAAGUGUGCCUUGUUUUUCGUAGAUAAUAGUGGAGUAGACAUCAUUCUAGGGGUGAUGCCAUUUGUCAGAGAGCUUCUCUCUCGAGGAACAGAGGUCGUGUUGGCCAGCAACUCUGCUCCGGCUUUGAAUGACGUAACGAAUAGUGAACUGCAAAUAUUGACCGAAAGAAUCUCUGCUAUGGAUCCAGUGAUCCAGGCUGGUCUGAGGGAGGACAGGUUGACGUUGGUCCAGAGUGGUUCCACUUCACCCUGUCUGGAUCUGAGUCGUCUGGACAAAGUACUGGCGAUGGUGGUGCGGGAGCGACAAACCGACCUGGUUAUCAUCGAGGGAAUGGGCCGAGCCAUUCACACCAACUACUACGCCAUGCUCAGCUGCGAGAGCCUCAAAAUGGCCGUCAUCAAGAACUCGUGGCUGGCCGACCGUCUGGGAGGAAAGCUGUUCAGCGUGGUCUUCAAGUACGAGGUACCGACUGGAAAGCCCAGCCAGCACUCUGCAGCGCUGACGCCCUCAUGAGCACGACAGAGCUCGAGUUUGAACAGGACAGAACACAGAAGUCGAGCGACCAGAAUGGCUCUGAAUGUAAGGAUGAUGAUCGUAUACUGCCACUAAGUGAAUGACUGAUGCAAAGCUGAUUGUAAAAUUUAGGCUGGUUUUAAAGGUAAUCGUUAACAGGGAGGAUUUACAUUUGAUUUUAAAACAUUGUUGAUUUUAGUGCUGGUUUCAUGAACAUGGUUUACAUUGCUUUCUUGCAGGUCUCUGUCCAACAUCCUGUACAAUCACUUAGUUUGCUUCCAUCAUUACUGCCUAUUGAUCUCAUUCAGCAUCUGGAGUUUGUUUUCAUGUGAAGUCACUGGCUGUGUUCAGUAAACUUACACAGACUAUUUUGACAGAUGAUCAAAAGCUUCUAGAAAUGAAUGAAAAACAAAAGUUUAUUUAAUUUUUUUUUUUGCAUCAGUCAUUGACAUGCUGCCAACACAUGAUUGAGCACCCAUAUGGGUACAAGGGUGGUGUGUGUUUGUGUGUUACACCUGAGGUGGAAGCACCACGAAGUGCCCCGAAGCGCUGUUGCUUCCUUUCGGCGCCCAUGUUAACAAAUUGGGCUGUUCAGACAGAGUGCGCCGCAGCGCGGAGCUCCGUGGUCAGCAGCGAUGGUUUUGGCAUCUGGUCUAUUUUUUUCUGAGAAUCUGACAAGAAAACACACUGAUAAUCUAUUAAAAAUGAUACAAAUUGAUAUUAUAUAUGAUAUGAAUGAUCUGAUUAUGAUAAAUAAUCAUAAUAAUCCCAUGCUUGCCAACUCUUUAGAUUUCUCUGCCCCUCUCUCUGCUGUUCUCCUGGAGUGAUUCUUUUUUUUUCCGCCACGUGAUGAAAUAUCAAGAUCUGCCCAUCCACUACAUUUAUUAGAAAUAGUAAAAUUAGUAAAUUACGUAGGCUACUUAUUCCACAUAUUUGUCAGUUGUCUCUAAACAGAGAGACAGGCAGGCCUGUGUGUGUGUUUGCGCCCCUCCCCGCAGAUCAUCACACAAGGCGAUCCUUUUAAUUUUAUUGUUGCAGAAGAAGCGCCGUCCCACAGAAACACAUUAAAAGCUUUAAGUUAUAAAUUCAUAAGGUUAUUAUAAAGAUCAGCUCUUUAUUGUGAUUAGAAAAGAGCAGAGGAGCAGAAUUGCUUGUUGACCGGCACGGAGAAAUGCACUUCUGGCCAGGCUACUGCUCACAGGAGAAAUGACCUAGCGUUUCGCAGCGGUUCCGCCUCCUGUGUGUGCACAGCGUUAGAGAGAGAGCUGCAGCAGUUAUUACAGCUUUGAGCGGUAACACUUUUUACAUAAAGUGUAUUUAAUGUGCCUUGAAGCUGCUUUAAAAACUUUUUUUUUUUUUUUUUU